AUGUUACGCGUCCCCAAGAAGUUCCGUGCAAAAUUGCACGCAGUGGCAACCGGACCUUUUGUUAUCCGCCAAGUUCACAGCAACGGCACUGUGACCAUCGACAAGGGAGCAAUGGCAGAACGUGUGAGCAUCCGCCGCAUUUUUCCGUGCUAA